AUGCGAGUCAUUCCCGUCACCCUCAGCCGAAAUGCUCAUGAGGGCAAGUUUGUGCCACUCUGGCCCACAACCAGAUCUUCCCAUGACUACCUGUUUAUGUUGCCCGCCCCUCAAGCCAAAAUUUUUCAUGACAUAUGCAAGAAAAGCACACAGUUCCAAGGAUAUGAACAGCAAGAUGCCCACGAACUCCUUCGUUGCCUCCUGGAUGCUAUACGUAAUGAGGAAAUCCUACGAGCAAAGAGGGCCAUUCUCAAGGCCUUUGCUCUGUCAGAGAAGACUGAUCCUAACACUGUGAGUCCACGGCUCAAGACCAUGAUCAAGGGCUAUGGCAAGCAGGCAACUCAUACCUUGGUUGACCAUAUCUUUGGAGGACAUCUUAUCAGCACAGUCUUUUGUGAAGAGUGCCACUGGUCAUCACAAGUGUUUGAGCCAUUCAUGGAUCUUUCUCUCCCCAUUAAUGAAGAAAAGGGUAAACCAAAGAAAACAUCACCUUCAGAUGAUGAAAGCUUACUAGACUGCUUUGGGAGACAGUCCAGCAACAACAAUGUUUCCAAGCACCAGCAGAAGAAGAAGAAGAAAGAGGAGAAAAAGGCUCGUAAGACAAAGGGGCGUGCCAAAGGAGGGGGCCUUGCACCAGCUUGCAUUCGUGCUAACACUGAAGACCAGGAGGAAGAACAAGGCAAAAAGACGGUACAAAGUGAGAAGAUGAAGAGGCGAAUGACUGAGAAACGACGUCCAGAAGAAUUGGAGGAAAUCACAAAAUUGGAGGAAGAGCAGAAGGCUAAGGGAGCGAAGACAACUGGUAUUUUGAGAGGAGAAAGUUUUAAGUUCAGACAGCUGAUGGAAGCGCGAAGAAUCAAUAGACAGGAGAAGGAUAGCGACGAGGAGGAGAGCGAUGAAGACUCUGAGUAUGAUCAGGAAGAUGAUGAGGAAGAGGAAGCAUCUGGGAACAAAAAUAAUGCAGCUGAGGGGAAUGUGGAAGGUAAAACAAAGAGAGAGACUGAGGAGACUAAGGAAAAGACGGAUAAAUGCAAAGAUGAUAAGUCCAAAGCUGCUGAUGAAGAAGAAAGUGAGGAGGAAGAUGAUGAUGAGGAUGAUGAUGAUGAGGAUGAGGAUGAAUCAGAAGAGACAGACAAUGAGGUUAAGGACAACGAUAGUGACAUUGCCAGUUCCAAGAAAAAGUCUUCCACAGAGAUUAGUGAUGCAGAUAUUGAAGACAACACAGAUUCUGAACGUGUUAGACACAAGUACCAUAAUACUCGGCAACCUUCCAUUGUGGUUGAGCAGUCAGAAAAUGAGACAAGAACAAGUGAUGGUAUUACUGCAAAUCACAAAGAGAAUUACAUCUACAUAUUCACCUAUAAUCUUGUAUUUUAUAGAAGAAAGCUGGCCUAUAACCCUCGUACAUCUCUGCUACGCAGGUGCCUUAAGAGUUGUUAUUCAAGCGAUCAGCUAAAUUACAAUUCUGCAUCAGACACUUCCGAGAGGUAUUUCACCCCAAAUGAAAGGGACUGUAAUGGCCUUGACACUGGGGAUGACUUGGACAACUUCCAGGACCCUGUGGAGAAAGCAGAAACCACCUCUGUUAAAUCUGACAAAUCGACCAAUACGAGUGGCAUAGCAUCCUCUUGUGUAACGGGUGACAGCCUUUCCAUAUCCAGUGGUGAUACCAUCAAUAACUUUGAAGGGGGAACAGCAGAGUACAAGGUGCCAGUAGAUCAGGCACACAUGGAGGAGAUGUGCCUGAAGGUUGGCGAAUUAAAGAUCAGAAGAAAGUCAAGCAGCAAGGAGAGCCUCCUUGACACACACAGCAUGAAACAGAAAAGAGGCUCCACGGAAACCCUGCACACUUUCAAAGAACGAUUAGGAGAUGGAGAAGAAGAUGAGACAAAGAAGAAGGUGAAAAAUAUGAAGAAACUGAAGCAAGAGUGGAUAGCUCGAAGCCUAACAACUCUUGCCCCGAGAUACCAGUGUCACAGUCAGGAGUGUUCCAUUAUGUCUUGCUUGACCAACUUCACGGCUCCAGAGCUUUUGAUGGGUAACAACAAGAUCACCUGUGAGAACUGUACAAAAAUUCACAGUCAGUUACAUGGAGAAGAGAAUGUUGAGCCUGUAAAGAGCAAUGCCAGCAAACAGCUCUUGAUCCUCUCUCCUCCUGCUGUAUUGACUCUGCAGUUGAAACGUUUCCACCACAUGGGUUUCAAUCUCACCAAGGUCAACCGUUAUGUGCGAUUCCCACUGGUUCUAGAUAUUGCUCCAUUCACAUCAUCAAUCUCUUUGGGUUUGGGUAACAUGUCCCGAGGCCAGAAGCAAGUUCUUUAUGGUCUCUACAGUGUUGUCGAGCACUCUGGAAGACUCAACUCAGGCCACUAUGUUGCCUAUGUUCGCUCUAGACCCCUGGAUCCCAACCGCACCAACAAGCAGUUCCUCAAUCUCAAGCCCUCUAGUCAGUUUGAGAUCAAUCACCUGGUGACAGAGAUGGCAGAAAAGAUUGAGGCUUCCUCUGGCAUGCUGGACAAUGACUUGAAAGGUUCAUCUGCAAAUACAACCUCAGUUAAUGUUGAGGAAUUGGAGGAAGAGGUGAAGGCUGGUCGCUGGUUCCAUGUCUCAGAUGCAUAUGUUGCAGAAGUAAACAUUGAACGAGUCAUGAAAGCGCAAGCGUACCUAUUAUUUUACGAACGUCUGGUCUGAGCCAAGUAGAAAGUAGAUUGUAUAUAGUGCUUCAGACUUAACUGAUAGUUUACAUUUGUAAUAACUAUUUAUUUGUACAUUUCUCAGUACUUGGUCUGUAUAACUGAAAUUAUUUUUUGAUCAUGAUAUCCAUGUUCUUUUAUUGGAGAACAUAUAUUGGUUUUCAUGAUUAGGCAUCUUUAAGAAGACAUGAAAAAUAUAUUGGACAAGAUCAGAUAGACUGCAGAUCAGUUAGUAAAUGCCACAAAUUCUCAGUAUCUAUUUUUCAUGUCAAUUAUUAGUUUCUUACAUCUCAAGUUAUUUUUUAGACUGUUUUCUGCCCCAUCAUGUGGACACUACAAGUUCUCUCUCUUUGAGAUGGAUGCAUUAUUUUCUUGGGAAUAAGCACACCAAUCACAAUAAAGUUUUCAUGUUUUCGUAAAGGUAAAAUCUAGCCCAUUCAAUGACCAAGGCCAUCACAGUGUUAUAUGGCUAUGUGUUUAUUGAAUGUUUUUAGCGACUGGAUGGAGGGGUGUGGUGGAUAAUGUACAAUUUCGGUAUAGGACAGUAGAAAAGGCUCCUGUAGAAUAAGAUUAUGUAUUGUAGAUUAUGUAUGAUACAUUUUAGAGAGUUCUUCAGUUGUCAUAAUAUCAUAUUAUAAUCAAUUUUGACUGUGAUUGUUUGCAGGUACUUUGAGAUAAUGUCAUUGACAUUUCUUAGAGAAUGGUGUAUACCUCCUUUGCCAGCAUACCUGUCAAUACACAUUCAGAAUUAUAUGUAAACUUAGUUUACUGUAGAGAGAAAAGUGAAAGCAUUGAUAUUUUUUCUAGGAUGGAGACCCAGCCAAGCUCUCCUUUUCAUGAUAGUUUCCAUUUGUAUCUAUUUUUGCCACACUUUUCAUUACUGAAAAUUGAAAUAGAGACUGAUCAAUGUAGAUCUCUAGGAAAAUGGGAGCUUGAGGCUCAUCUGGGGGGCAGCUUUUCACAUCAUCUGUGAUAAAGUAUUCAUGUCUAGCAAUAUGUUACUGAUUUUUGUUUUCCUUAGUUUCUGGUGAAUGCCAUAUCAUUAGGUGUACAUUUUAUCCAUGGUCAUCCAGCUCCAUUUAUAUCCCAUGAAACAAGUUUGUGAGCAGUGUUUGAAUAGUUUUGAAUAUAUUUAAGCGUGUUGAUCCUGCUAUAAUCUGAUUAUCUUGAAGACUUGAAACUUUUUUUUCUCUCUUCUUUUUAUACACAUUUGAUAAACUAUACACAAGAAUGACUGAAUGGGGAGUAUUGUGUUUGUAAUGUUGUUGGAGUUACUGGCUUUUUUAUGGGAAAGUGUUGAUGGAAAGCAGUGGUGCCCCUGAUAGAAGGUAUGUGAAGCUCUUAAUAUCAGGACAAAUUACUUUCAACCAUAUUUUGUCAUGUAAAUGCCACAGGUAUGUCUUUUUUCUCUCAGUAGAAAAUUAUUACGGUAUUGGCAGUUUUUUGUAACUGUAUAUGGUAUUAUUCAAGGCUCACUUAAUUAGACUUUUUUGGCUUAUGUCAGUCUUUAUAUUUAAGCAAGACAGAGCAUUCAAAUGGUUUCAGGUGUGUUUGAAUUACAUCUGGUGUUUACUUGUAUUGAAUAGGUAACGCAGUGUUUUAGAUUUUAUCAUAUUAGACUUACCUCAUUGUUUCGGAGUAUGUAAUGAAAAUUCCCUUGGAUGAAUGUAAUUUAACAUCGUGAAAAGGAUUUUGUGCUAUUGGUAUACUCAGAUGUAUAAUAUUUAUGUACAAGUCUGUGUUUGAGGUUGUUUUUCUUUUAUAUGAAAUAAAGGGAAAACAGAUUAAUGAAAAAUGCAUCUGCAAUGCAAAUACCUUUGGUUAUUUAUUAACUCAAUUUUGACAAUAUUACUUGUAAAUUUUGUAUGUGACAAUGCUCACUAUAUUUAUUAAGUAUGGUAAUUCAGUUUUUUGUAGGCAUGUGUAACAUGACAAUCAUAAAAGCCUUAAUGUAAGUACAAGGAUUCAUCUUUUUUAUAGCCUAAAUGAUGGAAGUUAUACUUUUGGGAGUAAGAAUGUAAAAAUAGAAAACAGCCGGAUGUUUAUUGAAUAGUAUGUUAGGAAGGAAUUCAGGAAGGUUCAGCAACUCUGUGGGAUAGUUUUUCUUGACCUAAGAAUAGUGAGGCAAUUUCGGAACACAUAUUAGAUGAAAUUAAUUCAAUUGUGUGGUUGACGUUGGUGUUCUUUUGUGGUGUACUGUUGAGUAUGGUGAUUAUUUAGUAUUUUUAGUGUUAGGUUACAUUUCUCUCUCUCUCUCUCACAAAAGAAAAAGUGGUACUUCAUGUUAAGAGGAGAGUUUUGAAUCUCAUAAAUUUAUUUAUUUCA